AUGUGUUCUUGGGGAGCCCUCCGAGCGUGGAACAUAACGUCUCCGGGUGGUGUGAACAUCCCCUACUUCCUGAGCGAGAGCGUAACGGCACUCUUCUCCAUUGUGGGCAACCUCUUCAUCUGCACGAUCAUCUUGCGGAACAGGAAGCUGCGGACUGUCAUCACCAACUACUUCCUGGUCUCCCUGGCCAUGGCAGACAUCUUGGUGGGGGCGGUGGCCAUCCCCUGUGCCCUCUCUACCGACAUGGGGCUGCCCCGGCACAGGCCACAGCUCUGUCUCCUCAUGCUUUGCACGCUGCUCGUGCUCACCCAGGCCUCGGUGUUCGGGCUCUUAGCCAUCGCGGUGGAAAGGUACAUCUCCAUUUUGAAGCCGUUCCAGUACAAGUCUUGGCUGAGUCCCCGCAACUCCCUCUUGGUUAUCCUGGCCUGCUGGGCGCUGGCGGUUGUCAUCGGCCUCUUCCCGGCCAUGGGCUGGCAUGACCCUUUGCCGGCCAACGGGGAGUGCCUCUUCAACAGCAUCAUCAACGACACCUACAUGGUUUACUUCAAUUUCAUGACCUGCAUGCUGGUGCCAUUGUCCGUCAUGAUGGUGCUCUACGGCCGCAUCUUCCUGGAAGUCCGGCGCCAGAUCCGCAAGGUGGCCGAGGGGGAAGUGGACAUCAGCGCGCGGCAGAGGCGGCGGAUCGUCGUCCGCAAGGAGAUGCAGACGGCUACCUCCCUCUUCAUCAUCCUCUUCUUCUUCGCCGUCUGCUGGCUCCCCGUCCACAUCCUGAACACCGUCAUGCUUCUCUGCCCCACCUGCUACAUCCCCAGUCAGCUGAUCAUGACGGCCAUCAUCCUUUCGCACGCCAACUCGGCCAUCAACCCGGUCAUCUAUGUUUUCCGCGUGCGGUCCUUCCGGAAGGCCUUCGAGAGGGCCUUUUCUUGCAUCUGGUACUCCACGGCCGUGAGCGUCUUCUCUACAUCUGGGAUGAUGCCAUCCACGGUAUCGGAAAUGCAGCUCCGCAAUCUCUCUCUGCCGGGCAAGUGA